CUCUUUUUCUUCUUAUUACUUUUUUUUUUCUUUUUUUUCUGCCAAGAAUUUUAUGACAUCUUCAUAUAUACUGAUAACAAGAGACCCUAGUCAAGAUGAUGGAAAUAUUGAUCCGGGAGGAUGUAAAUUAAUGGAUUCUUUCGGUAUAUUCAUCCAACUUUGUUUAGCCACUGUUGCUUUCUCAACGUUACUUAUUAAACGACAACGGGAAAAACCACAACGACCUCUUAGGAUCUGGUCUUUGGAUGUUAGCAAACAACUAGUGGGUGGUGUUGUAAUUCAUACUUUGAAUGUUGUUGCAGCUUACUUUUUCGGUGUCAAGCCCGAACAAGGAGAACAAUCAAAUCCUUGUGUAUGGUAUUUUUUGAAUAUUCUGGUAGAUUGUACCAUCGGCGUAGCUAUUCUUUGGAUCAUUCUCCGAGGAUUUAAGUAUCUUACAGACUCUGUGUUACAAUGGCCUGGAUUUCAGUCUUAUGGUGAUCCUCCAUUAUUACAGCAGCUCAAACGUUGGGUGAAACAAUUAUUCAUAUAUACCAUUAGCUUAAUGUUGAUGAAAACUCUAGUUGUCUUACUCUUUCAUGUUUGUCCUUGGAUGGAAGAUUUUGGAUUAUGGGUUCUUGGAUGGACAGCUGGAAAUUAUAAAUUACAAGUAGCUUUUGUUAUGUUAAUAUUCCCACUUGUAAUGAAUACUAUACAAUUUUGGAUCAUUGAUACCAUUGUCAAACAUAAAGAUUCAACUCAAAUCAGACUGCAACAUAGGGACCAUGAGGAAGAAGACGAUGUGGAAAACUUAUUAGCUACUAUGGAAGAAGAUAUUCAUGAUCAACGAAAGCAACAAUCCCAACGACAUGGAACAAUAGUGGAAUCAGGAUUAACGACAUCAUUAUCAUCUACAUCUCUCCGACAAAAACAACAAACCAUGAUGGAAGAUGAAAGGCCACUAUUAGCAGAACAUCAUCCUGAACAAGAUACGUUUGAUAUGGAUAAGGAACAUGCAAUGGAAGCUCGACAAGCUUUAGAUGAUCAUGCUAGUUUCUUACCGAUUUCAACCUCACCUCGGGAUACUAACAAUAUGUUUGAACUUGGGUUAUCAAAACGUCACUCGAUCGAUCAUUCCAACUAGACGAACUACUCACGCUAUAUAUUCAUCUUUUUGUAUAUUCAACAGAUCAAUCUACUCAUUCCUUUUCAUUCAUUUAAUAUCGUACAAAUAUAGUGUAGUAUUAGCAUAGUCAACUCACAUUCCACUCAUAUAUCCCCUUUUUACCAUCUCUUUUUUUUUUUUGUACAUCAUUUUUGUGUUUUUUUUUAUAUAUUUUUAUUAUAGUUUGCCAUUCUUCUACCAAUACUAUCCAUCAUCAUUGUUUUAUUAUCAUACAUCUUCAUC